AUGGUAAACGCUUGUUGCCAUGUGUGCUUAAAAAUAAUUUCACUUAAUUUGAAUGGCACUUUUAGGAAACAUGGUUCACCCUCCUGCCUUAAUUCCCGAGAAUUCCCCCUCCCGUCUCUCCCAAAUCCUUCUAUUAGAUCUCCCCACUCGUAUGACCCUAGUCCUGAUUGUCGUUCCCCAAAUUCUGUUGAUUUAUUCCUUACUUCCCUUAAACCCCCAGUUUUAUCUAGGAUCCCCAUAGCUGCCCGAGAGUCGAUUUCAAAAUUCCUCACAUCUCUUAUAAAUAAUUUGAAUUCUGAUUUCUCCUCAACCCCUUUAUGGUUAGACUUGAUCAGUUUUUGUUUCCGAGUUCUAGCUAAGCCUAAAAAUAGAAUAAAUAAUUUAUCUGCCUCAAUUAAGGAGAAAGUGUCCAAUUUUGGAAAUUCCAUUAUUGAUGAUUUCACCCCUUCUAAUUCUUUAAAUCCUAACUCCUUCCGCAGUAAAUUGAUCUCGGAAAAAUUAGAUCUUGGUGAUAUCAGUGGUGCUGCCCGUAUUCUAACUUCUGAUGAUACCAUUUCUCCUAUUAAUGCUUCUACUUUUCAACAGCUUCUCGAGAAGCAUCCACCUGCUUCCCCAUUUAACAUUCACCCUCUCGGCUCUUCUCCUGCUCCCUUUUCCUGCGAUGAAAUUCUCAAGGGCUUGAAGUCCUUUAAGAAAGGGACGACAGGUGGAUUAGACGGUUUCAGACCAGGGUUCUUUGUUGAUCUAAUCCGUUGCACUGAUAGUGGUUUCAUUGACCCUUUGCUUAAAUCAGUCACCGAACUUUGUAAUAAUAUCCUCAUAUGCGAAGUUCCUCUUGAUAUCCGCCCCAUCCUUUUUGGUGCUCGUCUUGUUUCCUUAUCCAAACCGGAUGGUGGUGUUAAACCAAUAGCCAUAGGAUCGUUUUUUCGUAGAUUAGUAGCCAAGGUCAUAGUCAAUAGGAUCCGUUCUAAGGCCAGUUCCCUCCUUUUUCCCCCUCAGUUAGGAUUUGGAGUCAGGGGCGGAUGUGAAGUGGCCUCACAUGUAGCUCGCAUUUUUAUAAAUACUGAGGCUGAGAAAGUUUUCUGUAAGUUAGAUUUCAGAAAUGCCUUCAAUAGCAUUCAUAGGAGCUCAUUCCUACCCUCCUUCCUACAACAUUUUCCUAAAUAUUGGAAUUUUCUUAAUUCUUGCUACGGUUUUCCCUCGUUGCUUAAAUUCGGGAAAUUUUCCAUAUUCUCUGAAGAGGGGAUCCAGCAAGGUGAUCCACUAGGUCCCUUGCUAUUUACAUUAGGUAUUCAGGACUUUAUAAAAAAUUUGAAACCAGAUUUCAAUUUAGAUCUAAAUCUAUGGUAUCUCGACGAUGGCUCGUUUGGCGGAUCUUUACCCAAUGUUUUGUCGGCCAUCGAGUACGUUGAGUUAGAAGCCUCUAAAAUUGGCCUUUCCCUUAAUAGGAAGAAAUGCGAAAUCUCCUCUCUUAACAACGUGGUUUUUAUCCCUCCCCCUGACUUUAAAAUUAUCUUACACGAGGAUCUCUGUCUUUUGGGUUCUCCUAUCGGAUCCUCAUCUUCCUUCUGUCAAAAUUUUUUUGACAAUCUGAUCCAAUCUCUCUUUAACUCUCUUAAGAUUCUUCCUCAUCUCCCCAAGCAUCAGUUCUUUUUCCUCACAAAAAAAUGCUUGUUCUUACCUAAAUUCUUACAUAUCUUUAAAUCUUCCCCUGCUUUCCAAUAUGAUCACCUUCUGAAGUCCUUCGAUUUAAAAUUUAAACAUUUUAUCGAAUCGCUUUUAGUCCUAAACUUUUCCGACUUUAAUUGGUCCUUUGCCUCUAUGCCCGCUUUCCGGGGUGGUCUUGGAUUUCCCCCCCCCCCUUUAAUGGCAAUUGCCAGUUUUCUUUCGUCUCGAAUUUCAUUUAACGAUUCCAUCUCCUCGCUUAUAGGGUUGAACGAUCCCCUUUUAACCUCUGCCAAACAAUCUUGGCUAACUCUAGUUCUUGAAGGAUUCGGGCAGCCAGUCUCCAGCCAUCUAAAGAGCUUCCUGGUCCCCAUGCUUCAAUGUGCUUUUGAAAAACUUUGUUCGUUUGCCGAUCUAACUAACCUUCAACUACUCAGAAACGCAAAAAAAAUUCUAACGGCCAUGAAUGGCUAG